AUGUCUUUAAACUACAUCAAAAACUUCUAUGAAGGAUGCCUCAGGCCUCCGACGGUGAUCGGCCAGUUCCACACCUUGUUCUUCGGCUCGGUGCGGAUGUUCUUCCUGGGAGUUCUGGGCUUCGCUGUCUACGGGAAUGAGGCACUGCACUUCAGCUGCGACCCAGAUCGCAGAGAGCUCAACCUGUACUGUUACAACCAGUUCCGACCCAUAACGCCUCAGGUCUUCUGGGCCUUACAGCUGGUCACGGUUUUGGUUCCGGGGGCAGUGUUCCACCUCUAUGCGGCCUGCAAGAACAUCGACCAGGAGGAGAUCCUGGAGCGACCUAUCUACACCGUCUUCUACAUCAUCUCUGUUCUCCUACGCAUCAUUUUGGAAGUCAUCGCCUUCUGGCUACAGAGUCACCUGUUUGGCUUCCAGGUUCACCCACUCUAUAUGUGUGACGCUAGUGCUUUGGAGAAGGCCUUCAACGUGACCAAGUGCAUGGUGCCCGAGCACUUUGAAAAGACCAUCUUCUUGAGCGCCAUGUACACCUUCACCGUCAUCACCAUUCUGCUAUGCAUCGCCGAGAUCUUUGAGAUACUCUGCAGACGUCUUGGCUAUCUCAACAACCAAUGACGUGCACACGCCACAUCUUUACUUUCUGUCAGCCUCUUGGAAGAUAAUGCAGGAGCACCAUAUGUGCUUCAUUAUGACUGGAAUAUUCUGAGGGAGGUCAUACCAGGUUUUACGUCAAAUGGGAGCCAAAAGUUCUAGUCUGUAGAACAUGCCACAGCCAGGAGGUCCAAAAGUGUCCUGUGAGGAGAACAUGAUGCUGCUCUUGGACCGAAUCAAGUCUUUCUAAGGUCAGGAUGGACACAAUAUGGACAUGAACCACCUGCUCAGGAGCAUCCUUCCUCACACUUCCGUGUGUGACAUUUCCACCGUGUGUGUGUGUCCAUUGCAGUCUUUCCUGCAUGGACAGAAGCACACUUGGCUCGAGAGAAUGGCUUUGUUUACGCUCACAUUCAAAUUGAAACAUUGGGGACACAAAAAUGACGCUCCUUGAGGUAGUCAUCAAUUGGCUUGCUUAAGGAGCUUCAUUAACUUUGGGUUUGAAAUGGACGACAGCAGCAUCAAAUGUUCUUAAACUUCCUCCUUUCCAAUGUCAUUAUUUAGUAGUAUUAUUUAUUGAUAUAUUUCAUCUCGUGAAGUCACGGAACACAUGGUAUUUUGUUUUUAUCGUCUUCAUCAGACAUCCAUCCAACUUUUGUGAAGAACUUUCCAGCAAUCUGUUUUUCAUCUCAGGUACAAAAUUGCAUUAGCAGACAAAAGUGGAUCAAACCCUCAUUUUCAACGCUUUGAAAGCGCUGAUGGAAGCUUUGGUUACGCACGCGGCGGCACGGCGGCGGCUUUAAGAGGAUUUGAAACUGCUGUGUUUCCCUGUGCUUUAGGUCCGUUUGUGUUGUGCUGGUCUUUGCUUGUAAGGUUUGCAACACUUUGUUCUGUUCAUCCUAUUAAACAAUCUCACAAUUAUAGAUUUGAUGACAUCUGUGCAUUCUUGCAGUUGUUACGUUACAAGCAACAAAGAUGUCAGUAAUGACAGUGUUUUCAUGUAAGCUUUGCUGCUUAUUCCUUUUUAAAUAAGACCCUUGCUGUGUCAAAAACUAACCUUGAUUAAGUUGAUUAGCUGCUAGUAGUCGUGACGUCACAUCUUGACGAUAAAAUACAUGCCAAAGCCAGUACUUUUUCUAGGCGUUAUUCAUACUUUUUUACACAUUUAUCUUUUUUUAGGCGUGAGAGUGUCAUACCUUAAGCUCAGAGCUUGCUAACUCGCUGUCAAAAUGCAGUGCUUAGAGAUAAUCUGGUAUGUACAAAAAACAUGGCGAUACUACCUCAGCAACCGACAUGAUUUACCUUAAACAUGCUAGCCCUGUUGCUAAUACCUUCAACAUAUUGUGUUUGACUUAUUCCCCACAUGGUGUUUACUUUUACGUGAAUCAUUUUUGGAAGUGUGGAAUGGUUGCGUUAUUGGGAUCCUAGCGACAUCAAAUAAAUGAAUGAUGACGUCUAAUAUUUUGAACUUCUUUCUAAUGUCUU